AUGGAUACUACGAGUGAUGGUGAAAAAACUGGUAGCGACCUAAAUAAAGAUAAGAGACAAAAACUGAUAUUGUCUACGACAUUUAUUAAUGGUGAAAAGAUUUUCGAAUGCUCUUCAGGAAUAGCGCCUGUUGAUAAUAUUAAAGAUGGAAACGAACAUGUUGAAAUAUUUAUGAAUAGUAACAAUUUGUCUGAUCACAUAAAAAGUGUUAUGAGUCAUGUCAAUGACAACUUCACAAAAAAAAUAAACGAGAUAAAGGCUAAGUAG